AUGUCCGGGGAAGACAGCACAAACCCUGCAGCUCCCCAACAGACAGACAGACUCAUGUGGCGUCGUGGUCUCCUCGCCGGCGCCGCCUCCGCGCGCCUCCUCUCGCGCCGCUCGCCGUCGCUGCAGGUCGCUCGAGCCAUCGCCAGCUCUGCGCCGCUGCAGUACGGCCGCGCGCGCGCUAUCGAGCUCAAGUACCACGACGGCACGUGCACGCUGGCCGUGCCGCUGCCGCUCAACGGCUUCGACGAGGAGAGGGUCUUCAGCAUCCCGCCAGAGACGACGGUGGCCGACAUCAUUGCGCAGAUUGAAGCGGAAGACAAGUCGGUGCAGAGUGUAGCCAUCCGCUCGGCCAGGGGGGAGGAGUUCCAGCCCGAGGACACGCUGCAGAAGGUGCUGACGGACGACUUCGAGCUGCUGCUGAACGACCAGGUGCUGCCCGUGCGCGCGCCGGUGUUCACGGGCAGCGCGUACCAGAGUCUGGCGGACGACGGGGACCUGGACGUGCGCUCCGUGGCGCAGAAGGCGGCCAUCAUCAUGCUGCGCAGCGACCUGGAGCGGCUCGGCAAGUGGAAGAUCAGCCACCCGGAGUUUCUGCACAUGUGCCAGGAGAGGGGCAUCCCCAAGAAGCAGGCGCCCGAGGUGCUGCAGGCCUUCCACCAGUCGGGCGUCGUCUUCUACUUCGGCAAGUCGGACGACGAGGACUUGAUCCACUCGGUCUUCCUGCAACCGCGCAGCAUCCUGGACUCGUACCUGGAGUCCAUCGGACUCUCGCCGCUGUCCUCGCAGCUCUUCCAGCAGCAGCGCGAAGCUCUACUCGCCAAGAUUCAGGCGCUCGCGCCCGAGCACGUGGCGCUGGUGAACCUGCGACGGGAGUUGGAGGCCACUGCGACUCGACAGGCGAACGUCAUUGCGUACGGACUGUCCACGUCGUUGGUGGGGGCCUUCGGUCUCUACUUCUGGCUGUCGUUUAUCCACUUUUCGUGGGAUAUCAUGGAGCCAGUGACGUACUUCACGGGCUUCGGAGUCUCCAUCAUCGGCUACGCGUGGUGGAGCAUCACCAACCAGGAGUACGAGUACGAGAACAUCUACCACUAUGUUUACACGCGGCGCUUGCGUCGACAGAUGGCCAAGGCGAAGUUCAAUCAGGGGCGGUACGCUGCGCUCACGGAGGAGCUGCGUCUUGCGCGCCAGCAGCUGGCUCAGACGGAGCUGGUGCUCAGCAAGUCCACGCCGCUGCAGGCCAACUACUUGCAUCUGCUCGACACCAAGCGCAAACUCAAGCCGCCAGUUCUUGCAGCCCCACGCGCGCCCAUCAAGGCCCAGGAUCUGCCAGUGUCUUAGACGAUGUGCUCCAGCUGACCGAGUACACGGGUACAAAAGUAACUUUGUUGUUUAAGCAGCGUCUGCCGUUGCACGAAUGGAAUGCAAAAUG